AUGACCCUGCAAAAGUUCGCUCCUGAUAACUCACAAAAUGAACGGGAAACGGCCAUCAGCACUUUUGAGCGCUUCUUGCUGUCAGAAGAUGUAAACAUGGGCUUCAUCGCUUCCUGCCUUCUCGGACACGAGGACAGUCCUACGUCUAUGAAGCUGGUAGACCGGUUUAUGAAGUAUAUGACUUUGCAGGAAAACCGCAAGCUCGAUAGCUACCCCAAGCAUCGAUCCGCUAUUAAGAAGAGGCUGCUUAAAAUGGACUAG